GGAACCCAAAUCGUUUUCGGGCGCUGUGCUGACAACAUCCUCGCAGGACCAAGGAGCGGAUGGUGCGUCCAAUAGUCCUCCUGCUCGGUACAGGCAUCCUUUGAGCCUUAACAGUCAUCGAGCGAAGCCUUCGAAAAUGUAAACAAAAGCGACGCAGGCGCAGCAGUACUCUCUCCCUCACUCCUCAAGCAGUUUUGGAACGGAAAGCCGAGCUUCCAGGCUCGCAUCCUGGUCGGUCUUGGUUCGGUCCUCGGCCGUCGUUGGCUGUCGGUUUUCCAGCCCAACUCCUGGCCAGGCUCAAAAAGAGGCUCAGGCAGCCAGCGCUCACAACGCCAGCAGAGUGCGCAGCGUGAUGUAGCCCAGCUGCAGACCGACACUGCUACCGAUACCGAGAUUUAGCUCCAGCUUUCGCAGCGGCCACUCAGGGAAACUUUUCCACACUCGGGCACGCACACAGGGGCAGACCGCGUCGGAAAAGCGGAAAAGCCUCAGACAAAUGGCCAGGAAUAGCAGCAGCAGCAGCAGCAGCAGCAGCAGCAGCAGUGGCACAGUAGCCGUGAGGGAGCCGUGAAGUGAAACGGAAAAGCCUGAAAAAAGGUGGCGUGAAAAAUACCACAAGAGGCGGGGGUGUGUGAAAAUCUAGGGGAAUAGCGCGCCCCGUGGAAAUGGAAAUGCCGAGGCUCCUGUUAGCCUCGCCAGCAGCGGAUGUAGCAGCAACACCAGCGGAAACAGCAACCUGAAUCCGCAUCCGCAUCCGCAACAGCAACCGCGCCCGCUCCCAAUUUCUCCGCUCUCUCCGUUCCGUGUUAAUUGUUAUUUAUGUAUAGUGUAUAUAUAAAGUUGUGUGAUACAAAUGAAUCGCUUAGAUCUGACAGCAAGCGAGAAACUGUAACCUAAACUCAGUCUAAUCAAAAGCGUACAACGACAACAAACGGUUUUGCAAGUGAAUCGACAUAACACCAAGCCAACAAACCAACAAACCAAACAAACCGAUCAAACAAGUAACCAACCAACAACAUUAAUCCAACGGGUCCAAUGUUGCAGCCAACAACAUGCAGCAAACAGCAACAGCAGAGGCAGCAACCAGCAAUCGCAACAGCAGCAGUGGGUGGAGCAGCGGUCCAGGAGCUGCUUCGGAAAGCCGCAGCUAAAGAUCAUGGAGCCUUAGCAGCAGCAACUGCAACAGCAACAGCAGCAUCAACAACUGCAACAACUGCAACAGCAGCAACAGCAAGCCGCAACAGCAGCAACACUUGGUGCCACAGCGACGACAUGUUGUCCGCAGGCCGCAGCCGCAGCAGCAGCACAACGAUAGACUUCAAUAGUCGCCGGCGGAGGGGGCGCCUACGAGGCCACGCCCCCAGUGACCUGGCAAUGAACAAGCAACACCAAGCUACGAUACUGGACGAGUGUGUAAAUAUUUUCAAGCGCUUAGUAUUAUUAACAUUAAAAACAAUAUCAGCAACAACAAUAACGAAAGCAAAGACAAGAAGCAGAACAGCAGCGCAGCUACCAGCAACAUCUGCAGCAUCUGCAACAUCAUCUCGUGGUGCCUCCGCGGAGCAAUUGCUCCACCCAAGUAGCCGCAGUCGCUGCAGAAGUCGCCGCUGCCUCCGCCUGCCGAUCUACAGCAUCCUGCUGCUCUGCCUAACCACCCAGGGAUUGGGUCUCGGAGAUGCCGCCAAGCCCAGGCCGGCCAAGCAGCAUUUCGGUGGCAGCAACAGCAACAGCCCAAAUCAGAACCAGAACCACAACGAUGUCCUGGGCGGAGUGGGCGCCCCAUCCCAAACGUCCGGCGAGGACGAGGCCGAGAUCAUGUACCCCUUUCAGUCCGGGGAGCAGAUGUUUGGCCUUGAGGAGGACCAGGAACAGGAUCCGGAGCUCAAUUCCAAUGCAGUGCCCGGCUCCGAUGAGGAUAAUGCAGGCAAUCAACGUGGUAUCAAUGACACGCACAACGAUAACUCGACCACCACGAAAACGCCACUAUUCCCAAAAGAUCUAUUCACGAAAGAACAGCUUGAGAACGGCGCUGUCAUCCUGCACAUCAUUGGGGUGAUCUAUAUGUUUGUGGCGCUGGCCAUUGUCUGUGAUGAAUUCUUCGUGCCUUCCCUUGACGUAAUCAUUGAAAAGCUCGGCAUCACGGACGAUGUGGCCGGCGCGACGUUUAUGGCGGCGGGUGGCAGUGCCCCCGAGCUCUUCACCAGUGUGAUUGGCGUUUUCGUGUCGUUCGAUGAUGUGGGCAUUGGUACGAUCGUUGGCUCCGCCGUGUUCAACAUCCUGUUUGUGAUCGGAAUGUGCGCGCUCUUCUCCAAGACGGUCCUGUCGCUCACCUGGUGGCCUUUGUUCCGCGACUGCUCGUUCUACAGCAUCAGUUUGCUGGUGCUGAUCUACUUCUUCCGGGAUAACCGCAUCUUCUGGUGGGAGGCCCUCAUCCUGUUCACCAUCUACAUCGGCUACGUGGCCUUCAUGAAGUGGAACGUCCAGGUGGAGACGUGCGUCAAGAAGAUGAUUACCAAAAACAAGGGUAAUGCGGCCAACUCAUCGGAAACAUCGAUGGCCACCCAGCCGGGCGGUUCCGUAACAUCGCGGGCGGCCAGCGAAACCCGCUCGGGUCCGCCCGGAUCGAGCAAUGCGGGCGCCACAGGUAAUAGCAGCGGCGGGGGCGGCACCUCGGGUAGUACUCAGACCGGUGCCAAGUUCCGCCACGGCCUGUUACAGCUAAUGAUACACACGAUAGAUCCACUACACGAUGAUGAUGUUCCAGGCAAAGUGGACGAGAAGGCGACGCAGCUGCACGCCAUCGCCUCGCUGAAGGUGUUGCUGGAUGCCACCAAACCACAGCGCGGUGGUGCCACCACCUCGGCGGCCAAUCACGUCAAGAUCAAUCUCAAGGAGACCACGCUCGCCGAUCGUCCCAAUGGGAACAUCGACACCACCCUCGACUCGGCGCCCGAAAUCGAGGAUGAGCCGGAACCACUGAGCAUGGCCUGGCCGGAUACGGCGCGGAAGCGGCUCACCUACGUCCUGGUGGCCCCGCUCCUGGUGCCAAUGUGGCUAACACUGCCCGACACGCGGACGCCGCGCGGCAAGCGCUUCUUUCCGGUCACCUUCAUUGGCUCCAUCGUGUGGAUAGCGGCCUUCUCCUACCUGAUGGUCUGGUGGGCCAACGUGGCCGGCGACACAGCGCGCAUUCCGCCCGAGGUCAUGGGUCUGACCUUCCUGGCGGCGGGCACCUCCAUUCCGGACUUGAUUACCUCGGUGAUUGUGGCACGCAAGGGAUUCGGCGACAUGGCCGUAUCCAGUUCGGUGGGCAGCAACAUAUUCGACGUGACCGUGGGACUGCCGAUACCGUGGCUGCUGUACGGCAUCAUCUAUGGGGCGCCCGUCGAGGUGAACUCGGUGGGCAUGGUCUGCUCCAUAACCAUCCUGUUUAUGAUGCUGGUGUUCGUGGUGAUGUCGAUCGCCUGCUUCCGCUGGCGCAUGAACAAGGGGUUGGGCUUCACCAUGUUUCUGUUGUAUUUUGCCUUUGUCGCCGUAUCGCUGAUGUUCGAAUACGAUGUGAUCACGUGCCCCUUUUAAACAAGGGGCAGGGGCAAAGACAAAAGCGGGCAAUAGUUACCGAGUUACCCGGCUGUCGCGCCAUCGAGCUACCGAGCCAGCAAGGAUACCUGCCAAGGAUAUCUGGAUGCCGCCGAGGACGAGACGAGGACCCCCGUCAGCCUCACACCCAAUUAGCUAAAUUAUAUACAAGCAAAUUAAUGGAUGAUAAACAAAUUAAUUAACAGUGGACUAAAGCUAAAUAAUCGAAUUGUUAAACAGACAGACAGACAGACAGACGCACAGACAUACAGAGAAACUCACUCACAGAUACACACAAACCACAACACAUACACAUGUAAAAGCGAUACUGAAUUAACGAAAUCGAAAACUUAACGUUAACAAAAUGCGAGUUAGUUAGUGCCAGCGUUUCUUUUUCGAAAGACAUUUACUUUAAAGUGUUUAGCGCAGCUUUUUAACGCAAGCAGCCCCCUAUCCUAUCCUUAACUCUACGAAUCUUUGCUCCCAACUAUCGUAUCUAUCUGCGACCUAAUUACCAAAACUAGCGAGAAGGUAACACGACAAUGGCUUCCCAACCACUUACUAACUAUCUACCUAACGUUUGGGUUUUAACUACAAGCAUUAAGAAACCAGGCAUACCAGGCGUAUGUAUCAACAAAUAUAUAUGAAUAUCUCGGCACAAGGCACCUAUAUCCUAUAUACGGUAUGAUAUGAUAUGAUACGAUACGAUACGAUAAUGAAAAGCAGCCUCCAAAAAUUUGUGUUGAGCUCAUUCGGUUCGAUCGAUCGAGCAGAAAGCCUUUCAUUUGCGUGCUCUAACUAAGAUUUCUCCUAAAAGCUUUAUCCAGAGCCUAUCUAAACUUUAUCUAGUUUACGACUUAUACAUAAUACUUAUAUAUCCACUCACACGCACACUUACAUGGCAUACAUAUAUAUUGACCUGUAUUGAUUAAGUGAUAAUUUGCGUACUUAUUGAACAAGCAAGCAAGGCGAACAAAUCGAAAACUCUCAAAGUUAGCUACAGUUGUACUCGAAUUCAACGCUAAAUCGAAGCGAAUGUAGGGCUUUAAGCAAUUUGCUUACCAAGCAUUUGCCAUACAUCCAGACCAGAUCAUUAUGAUAUGAUUAUCGAUAACACUGAUUCCAGUCCGAUGCUAAUUCUAAUUCUAAUUCUAAUUCUAAUUCUAGUUAUGAUUAUGAUUCUAGUUCUGAUCCCGUUUCUAGUCCUAAUUCUAAUUCUGAUUCAUGUUGGCGUGUAGGAGGAGCAGAGUUUAAAUUUAACUUUAAAUUGAAGCCAUAUUUAUUAUAGACUACUUCAAAUCCAAAACCAAAAGCCUAAGAUAAAAAAACCAUGAAAAAAAAAACAAAAAAAAGAAACUAAUUUCAUAUACUUUUUGCUUAAUGAAGUCCCCCAAGUACAUAUAUAUGAGCAUAUUAACGUAUUUAUAUAUAAACGACAUAUAAGACGAUAUUUAACGAAACAAAACAAAAUCAACUUGCUCUCUUUAUUUAGAAGGUACGUAACAUUUUUCUAAACUAAAACUAAAACCCUUAACUCGUAAAACCAAGUGGCCGCAAAACCGUUGAAAUGCAAAUGGAAAAGAAACCCAAAUAAUUUAACAUAAAACGCAUACAUAUAUACACCUUAAUAUAAACAUACUUAUAUAUAAAUAUAUAUAUAUAUUUUAUAUAUACCAGAAGAUAACUUACUAUAUAUAUAUGCAACUAUACUUAAGUAGGCAAUGUAUCUAACGGAUAUCCAGACGUUUGCAUAUGGCUCGCAGUCAAGUUAAGGAAGCAACAAGACAAGAUACAGACACAGAUACAGAUACAAACACACACAAACACUCAGAACAGAAAGCAAUAAUUUUUAUUACCAGUGAACUUAGAGGAUUCAGCAGUGGCAUGGCACUAUAUGCAUACUCCUAUAUGUACGACAUGCGAAUCUCACUGCGAAAUUGCGAACAUCAAGACCCACAAAGCAGUUGUAACGCAUCGGAAAUAAUUAUAUAUGCAUUCACAUUCGCUGAAUUAUAUGCUGUAUCUACUGAACAAUGCGAUGUGCUGAUGCAAAAUGCAGAAUGCAGAAUUAACGUAACUAAGUGGCUGCUCUUACACCCCAUGGGUGCAGUGCAUUCGAUUGCACACAGAUAUAAAUAUAAAUAAAUGAUAAUAUUAAAUAUGCAUGUAUGUAGGAUAUGGACAGGUCGGAGGUCACAGCAUAACAGCAGAACCGGAAGAGCGCAGGAGCGACGCGAUUGUCAGAGGGAACGAGAGGUGGAGACAUUGUAUAAAACUCGAACGAGACUUACAUACAUCACCAUCCUCUCCACAUAGAAGACACAACAUCCCUUCAUCAGCGAAAGAGUAACCCAGUACCAAUCCAGCGGAAAGUUGGCUGAGAACUUCUUAAGGGUCAUCUAAGACCUUGAAUACUUUUCAUUUACUCUAUAUCGGAUCAUUUGGAAAAUGUAUUUAUGUAUCUACUACCGUACUUUGACUCUCAAUCUUUCCAUCUUACUUUCUAAGAAAAUGUACCCUAAUUUCCGUUGACUACAAAUAAUUUUUGAAACUAUAUAUUUAAAUGUCCUAUUCUGUCCUAACCACUUCGUUACUUGUUCAACUCAGCCACUCCAAGCAUUUCUCACUGUAGCUCUUAAUUCCAAAAGUGUCGACUUUAGUCCUUCUAUAUUGGAUAUAUGUAUGUAUCCCAACUAGCAAGCUCACUUCUCACGAGUAGAUUGCCUUGGUCGCCAGGCUUUAACAGAGACAAACUUCCAAGAAUAAACAACAAAUUAACUUAAACUUUUAUACAUGCUGUAUGUUAAACUAAAGACAACAAAGGAUAGCAGAAACUAAAUCGAAUAGAAAACCUUUAAAAAAAUAUCUUCCAAAUUAACUUUAAAACCAAGUCAUAUUUAUUAUAUAAAAAUAAAAUACUUGAGAACGAAACACUCUCACACUUAACUACAUCUUAUUAGAACCUAACGAGAAAAUGGAAAAGCACACCCAGCAAUUACUUGUACUGAAAAUUUCCCUCACACACACACACACACACCCACACACAUCUGAGCUAUCACACCCAUACACGUGCAUUUAAACAUAUCGCGCCGAUUUUCUAUCUACAAAAGCCAAUAUUCCGAGAGGAAAACCGAACAGAAUUGAGAACUAAAAUAACACGAUUAUUCCCAGAAACUUCUUUCACUUCCAAAUGGAAGUUUAGAAAAUUUAUAAUACCCAAUAUAAACCACAAAAUCCCCGAUUCCCAAUCAUCCCAAAUCAUCAUCGAAAAGCGCGCACACCACACAAAAUUGUCGAAUGGCGUUGAAGUCUCGCUUUAAAGCAACGUAAAUAAGAGGAAAUAUAUACAAGAAACACAUAUAUAUAAAGAUAUAUAUAUAUGAAAUUGUUAUGGUUAUAGAUUUUUAACAAGUUGAAUAAUUGCGUAAAAGUAAAAGUGAAACAAAAACACAAAAAAAUUGUUGAAACAUUAGCAAAAGCGUUCAUAAAACAUAAACGAAGCGUAAGGAAGGUAAUAAUAAUAACGAUAAAACGAAACAGAACAAACCAAAUCGAAUCGAAAGAUAUAGUAAUGCUAUAUAUACUUUAUGAAAUAUUUAACUAUGAAAAUAAAAAUCAUUGUUUGAAAUUAAAGUGAAAAAAGUAAACUUAAAAAAAAGAACAAAAAAAAACAAAUUUUGUGUUUGCUAAUUUUGUGUCCACAAACAAAUUUUGAGUUUGCAGAAAAACCAACCGUAAGUAUACCCAAUUGAUUGUUUAUGUUUUAAACGUAAUUGGCAUGAUUAGAUGAUAUUCAAUGUUCGAUGUUUUCAAUAUCAAAUAAAAUUAGCAAACACAAGCACAGACCAUUCGGAUGCAUUUCUAGAGAUCUGAUCUGAUCUGAUCUGAUCUGAUCUGGCCCAAUACUAAUCACGCCCUCGAGUCAAUCACCAAAUACAAUCGUCUUGAUCAUAAAAAACCGAUAUACCACACAUAACGUCUACGAGAAUAAACGAACGAGCACAUAAUCAUUGAUUUCAGCUUUAAAUAAUCUACAAACUAGACCUAAACCGUAUAUGGGACACUUGGAUAUUUAUUAACUUUUAUAUACCAGUAUAUGUACCAUAUAGCAUAUACAUACAUACAUACCAGAUACCAUAUAGCGUAUAGAACAUAGCGUGUUUGUGCGAUCGAUCACACGCCCCAAAUGGAUUACUUUUUUUAAUACUUAAUACGAUUACGAAUACAAAUAGAACACGUGAAGUGCAAUGUAUGCAAUACUUAUAUUCAAUUAUACAAUAUUUAGAGAACGUUUCAAGUUGCGUCCGUUGUUUAGGCAGAGAAAACUCACAUGAAAACAAUAACUUUUCAGCGGCUUCGAUUUGAUUUCGAUUUGAUAUUUCGUUCGAUGUGCGGUAACCAAACGAUUACCAAUUAACGAUUAAACGAAAAUGCAAGCAUGAAGCGAAUAUAUGAUAUAUGUAUGAAUCCAGUAAAAAGUAAUAGUUAACAUAUUGGUAGACUAAUUUAAAGAUUUUAUAGCGUUUUCAAAUUUAUAAGUGUAUAAACCGGAUGCGUUUAUUAUUUGUAAUGCCAGCGAUUAGCCGAACGACAUCGGAUGUCAGCAGAUAUAGCGCGUGAACAUAUAGCCGUCGUGUGUAAUACAAUUAUCAUUACCCACCAAAAUACGUAUAUUUUCCGUUGUUCAGUUUCGAUCGUUGUAAUUUUGAAUUUUACCUUACAAAUGUGUAUUUUUUCGGGACAAACACAAGCGGACCGAUCGAUACGAUACUGGCAUGUAAUUAGUGCAGAUGGGUGUGUAAUUUUAAUAGCAAACAAUGAGAGUAUUAUAAUAACAGACAUUAAUUUUAACAACUGAUACGCUUCUAGCACAUAAGAUUGUACAAAUGAUUUAUAUGAAUAAUACGAAAAACCAUGAAAGGAAAACAGAAAACGAGAGCUAAAGUCAGUUCAGUUCAGAUAUUCAGUUCAGUUCAGUCUAAAAAUAUAAUUGAAACCCACUUCUUACUCAUCAAAGGAGUAGAUCCACCCACACCCGAAGAUUCCAAUUCCAAUGCUGAACUCACUUUAUCUCUGUGACGAACCAUACAUAGAGAGCUCGAACGAUAAAUACUUACAAAUGUAUGUAUGGUGUAAUACAUCGAGUUAUUUACUUUAUACAAGUACGUCUAGUUAACGACAUUUAGAUUUUAUACAAAACACACCCAGAAACACGCAUUCAUUCGAUUCCCGACUCCAGCAACCGAACCAAAUUCACCAGUAUACCGUAUACCCAUCAGUUAAUUGGAGAUCAUCUAAAUCGAGCAUGGAGUGAAGGCAAAUCAAAUAUAUAGUCAAUUUCUAACGAUACAUGCAAACAUAUAUGGCUGGCACUCAAGAUAUACAUACAUAUAUAUAUAUAUAAACCAAACGUAUAUGAAGUUAUAUAAAGCAUUUUAAGGAUCGUAAACUGGAGAAGGCGCAGAGUAGAGCGGGGCAAAUGCCCCAAAAACCUUAUGUAAAUCAAAACGAAGCUAUAGCGAAUAAACCGAAAUGUUAACUAGUUAUUUAGGUGAAAUAUACAACAAACCACACUCAGAUGCAGGAUGCGAGAUGCAGCUGCAAGAUGCAGAUGCAAAUGCAGAUACAGAUACAUUUACAUCGAACCGUUAACAAGGCUUUGAAAGCUCAGAAGAAUCACUCAAGCAGACACUCAAGAACACGACACAAGGACACGAAUGUUCAACAAAAAAAAAAGCAGAGUUGUAGAAGAGCCGCCGCAAACGAGAAAGGGCCGUUUAAUAAACUUUUGUUAUCAAGCAAGACAGCAUAAUGAAUUGCGACUGCAGUAAGCACGUGGCGAAAACAAAAACGAAGUUAAUGUUCAAACUAACUAAUAUAUAACGAAUAUUAUAUAAUACAACAAACUUAGACUGUAUGUUAUUUUCUCAAUACAAUACCUAUAAAAAAAACAAUAAAAACAGAUUCAAUAAAAUGAGUUAUCCAAUGGCAGCAUGCGCGUGUUUAUCUUU